UAGAUGCUGUGGCACGCAGUCCUGUGUCGACGGUGGCAACAAGCAGAUCGGAUACGCGAUCUUCCAAACCCCGCGGAACAAUGUCCCCGAGAGGCGCAGCGGGAGCCCAGUGGGUUCGAUUAGUACUCUGUUUGGCAGCAGUACACGGCGCCCUGGCACUAGAACUGGACCAAUCGUGUGUGAAUCCGGACGGUGAAGCAGGAAGCUGUAUCCUCUUCCGCGAGUGUCAACCGUUGCUCACUGUUUACAAUAAGCCGAUCAAUACACCCGACGAUACGGAGUUUCUGCAAGCGAGCCGAUGUGGUGUAUCGCAAGGCAAACCGCUGGUGUGCUGUGCAGGAGUGGUAAAAACGACCCCCAGCCUGCCGGAACCACCGUACUGUGGUGUGCAGCUGUCCGAUCGGGUGUACGGCGGGCAACCGACCAAAAUUGAUGAGUUUCCCUGGACGGCGCUGAUUGAGUACGAGAAGCCCAACGGUCGCUUCGGUUUCCACUGCGGAGGUUCGCUGAUCAACAAGCAGUACAUCGUGACGGCAGCUCACUGCAUAGUUUCGAUCCCGAAAACCUGGAAGGUUCACCGGGUUCGGCUGGGCGAAUGGGACCUGAGUUCAUCGGCCGAUUGUGAGGACGAUUUCUGCUCCACGUCACCGAUCGAUCUGGACAUCGAGAAGAUCAUCGUGCACCCGGGAUACGAUACGCGGGACCAGAGCCACAUCAACGAUAUCGCCCUGAUUCGUUUCACCAGACAAGUGGAGUAUACGGAGCUGGUGCGGCCAAUCUGUCUGCCGCUUUCGGAAGCGGUUCGCACCCGGAGCCACGUUGGACUGUCGAGUUUUGCUGCCGGUUGGGGUAAAACGGAGACGGCUUCUGCUAGCGAGAAGAAGCUGAAGGUCGAACUGAACAUCAAGAACUUGGACGAGUGUGCACUGACUUACCGGCGGAGCGGUAUCAAUCUUCAGUCGACGCAGAUGUGUGCCGGAGGUGUGCGUGGCCAGGAUACGUGCAGUGGUGACUCCGGUGGGCCGCUGAUGCGACAGCUGACCGGCACCUGGUACCUGCUCGGUGUGGUCAGCUUUGGGCCGCAAAAGUGUGGCUCGGCGGGAAUUCCCGGUGUCUACACUAAUGUGAUAGCGUACACGGAUUGGAUCCGCAAUAGCAUUUAAACGAAUCCAUGGGGUUCUGUAGAAUCUGAUAUGGCUGACCCAAAAUAAACCAACCAACCAUAAACCAAAAUAAACCACGAAAACCGUUUCGCUUUGAUCA